AUGAAACGCAGGGCCAAUGUCUACUACAGUGACCUGUUCGGACGAUCAGCAGCCUACGAAGACGCAGAGGUUCUCCUCAGCGCCAGAUCUCGACCAAAGAGUCGAACGGGGCACGAAGAUCACCUCAUCGUCCAUCAGGACUGGAGCGAUUGCCGCACGGAGCUGCUGCCGGGAGCCCGAAAGUUCGGCGGCGAGGCGACGCCGAAUGUGCGAAAGUCCGAGGAGCUCCACCAGGCGAGGAUCUUUGGCGAAGCGGACGCCCGGAGCUGGCAAGGCUCCGGCAAGCUCGAGGCAGUCACGCACGAUAACUCAGAGAAAAUCAAGUACAAGGAUGGCAUGAAGCCGCAGGAGCUGCAGCAGGCACACCUCCGGGCCAGCAUCCAGUCUGAGGAGUUUUACAAGGUUGCGACCAACAUUAAGGACUGGGAGGUCAUCGAAUUGCACCUACCGUCCCUGAUCACCUUUCGUCAGCACAUGGCAGCCGAGUCGGAGGGUGCUGCCGCCCCACCGCCAAGCCCACGGGUCGCAAGCAAGGCCUGCGCGGCCGACCAAUCCACAGGCACAUCGGUGCACUCCCGUGCCGCUUUGCAGCGGAUCUUCGAGAAGUACGGCGGUGACCAUGCGCAGAGCCGCAAGCUCACCGCGGUGCUGGAAUCUGCAGCCCCGCAUGCCCUGCCCAGGGAGCGCCCGAAUCCGAAACGGGCCUGGGCUCGUUUCCAGCUCGAGCCAUCUGGUGCACGGGAAGGCCCAGGCCUGGGCCCGGAAGUGCUGAAUCGCCUUACGAGCGAGGUUCCGGGGUCCACGUUGACUCCCUAUGGUGUCGGGGUUCUCGAAAGCGAGGCCGACGACCGCGGUAUGGUCCGGGUUCGCUUCCCCUGGGGCCGCGCGGAGCUCCGCGCCAAAGAUGCCACCAGGGAGAGGCGAGCGCUUCUGAGGCGAAGUUUGGAGGCUCUAUCUUCCUUGCUGGUGGUGCUGAUCAAGGCGCUCGGUGCCUUGGCACCCAGCCAGAGCGGCCUGGACUCAGACUCGGACUCAGACACGGACGCCGACAUGGCACAAGCCUCCCAAGGCCUGGCCAUCAUGAAAGGCCUCGUCGCAUGGCUGGAGGAGGCAGCAAUGUAUCCACAGCCCACGCACCGUGAGGAGCUGCUGGACCUGGCGCUGCUGCUCAGCGCGGUCGUGCGGACGCGCGCGGAGCUCCUGAGGCUGGACGGCGUCUCCACCCAUCCGCAGCUGCAGGCUGAGCUGUUGGCGGCCGAUGCGCUGCGGAUCCACCUGGGGCUGCUGGAGCGGCUCGCGAGGACGCCGGCGCCGCCCGGGGGUCUGGCGGAGACCUGCCGCGUGUGGAGCCAGGUGCUUGAAAGACUCGGCGCAGAGAGCACCAAGCCGGGAGGCGCUUGGCGCCUCGUGCGUCCCGGGGCGAAGGUCAUCGACCCCCUCACUGAAGAGGAGCUGCUGGCCUCGCUUCCUGCCUCCAGUCGGCCGCACGCAAGGUUGGCCGCACGAGAUCGGGAGAUCACAAGCGUGAAGGUCACUGCGGGCCCCGUGCUCCGCGGCCCACCGCGCACCACGGUUGUUCGUUCCACCUCGCUACGUUCCCCUUCGCCAGUGAUCUCCCACACCGUGACCAACACCGUCUGGUCUCCGGCACCCUGUCUUGGGGCAUCGGUCUAUGCUGCGCCGCAUGCAGGUCGCGGCGCUUCUCUUUCGCUGCCGAGCCGCGCGCCUGAAGUGGUCCGACGAUCUUCGACUCCGCUGCCGCAGACCUUCCGGACGAGCGGAAGCGGUGGGGACACGAUCGCGAUGGCGCCUUUCGUGACGUCGGUUCCUCGCUUCUACUCAGGUGACUUCCCUUUGCCUCCGUCGCCCUUGAGCUUCUUCGGGCCAAGGAUAGCGACCGGCGGGACUUCCGUUGCUACCAGCCACAAUGCAUCUGUGGCGGACACGCCGGACGCCUGCGCGACUCCGCUAGCGCAGGAGAUGCAGGAGGUGCUGGAGGAGCACGCGGAGGAGCAGGAAUCAGGCUCAAGCAGCGAGGCCUCCCCACCAAAUCCGAUGAGUCAGAGCCCCUGCUCCUCGCAAGGUGCGGAGUCUUCUCCCCGCGUGCGUAUUUCGAGGAGGUCCGGUGUUCGGCAGCGAGCAGAUGCCGGGAGGGCCCGUGCACCAUCACCGGAGAAGGCACCUCCCCGAGCCGAGUCGCCUGUGGUUCGAGUCACCCGCAGUGAGCGGUCGGCCACGAAGUCUCGGAAGGUUGUCUGGAGAUGA